AUGAGUUGCGACAAGAAUUGCGCUACAUGUCCAUCGAAGGGAGCAUGCAGCCAACAACAACCAACGCCCGACACGUGUAGUCACAAUUGUGAUAGCUGUCCCUCUAAGAGCAGUUGCUCACAAGCUGGGAGUAGCGGGUGUACCCACAACUGUGCGACGUGUUCGCAUAAAGGGAGUUGUGGUGGUGGGAGUGCUGGUCCUGAUAUAGAGAUGGACGAGAUAGUGGAGAAGAUGAAAGGUAUUAAACACAAGUACAUAGUUCUUUCUGGUAAAGGUGGAGUUGGGAAGAGCACCUUUACAACACAGUUUGGGUGGGUAUUGUCUGAGGACAAACAAGUUGGUAUUUGUGACUUAGACAUCUGUGGUCCAUCCAUUCCACAAAUGUUCGGACAAGUCGGUGUUAAUUGCACAGCGGGGAUGACUGGGAUCCAGCCGAUUUAUGUCACUGAAAAUCUGUGCACGAUGUCGAUAGGGUAUUUGACUACAACAGAAACAGCAAUCGUCUGGAGAGGACCAAAGAAGAACGGCGCAAUUCGACAGUUCUUACAUGAUGUCGAAUGGGGAGAUUUGGACUAUUUGGUGUUCGAUACACCACCAGGAACAUCUGAUGAGCAUUUAACAAUAGUCUCAAUAUUAACGAAAUCAAAUGUCGACGGUGCUAUUAUAGUUACAACCCCACAAGACGUGUCAUUGAUUGAUGUGAGAAAGGAAAUUAACUUCUGUAAGAAGAUCGGUCUACCUAUCAUCGGUGUCGUCGAGAAUAUGAGCGGGUUUGUCUGUCCGUGUUGCCACAAAGAAAGUACAAUAUUCCCCCCAACGAAUGGAGGAGCUCAGAAAAUGUGCGAGGAGAUGAGCGUCAAGUUCUUGGGACGUAUCCCUUUGGAUCCAGUCAUAGCAAGGUCUUGCGAUGUCGGAUCACCUUAUUUCAUCGAACACCCAGACGCUGAUGCAACUAAAAGCUUCAAGGAGAUUUAUAAGCAAAUCAUCGCAAACAUCUAA